GCUGCCGUAGCUGGGGAAAGCAAUGAUUGGCUGGGGCUGAAAGUGCCGCCGCUUCGGCGGUUUCAGCUUUCGCUGCGAUUGUUGCUGGAGGCUGCGCUUUGCGACGCCUGGAUUGGGGGUUCUAGAUCCCGGCCGCGAGGUGAAGAUGAGGAACCUGGGGCCAUGAGAGGUGAAAUGAUGAGUUAUCCAAGUCACACAGCUAAUUAAGUAGCAGAACUGGGAUUAGAACUCAGGUUUCCUGCCUCCCAAGGGAAUACAAAAUAAACGGCUAUCUUACUCAAUCUUGUACAUGAAGAAAGUGCGACAUAAUGGGAUUUAGCGUCUGUGAUAGAGUUGGAAAAUGAACCUAAGAGUGAAGAGUUGAGUCUCUUUAUCAGGCCUUCAGAGUUAAUUGUCUCUCUAGAGCCGUUUAAAACAGCACAUGUUCAAGACAUAAAUAAGCAGUUAGCAGAUGAUUGGGAAGAUUUGUUUGUUUUUACUAAGUCAUUAAAGGAUUGUUAAAAUGAGUCUGCGGAAGCAAACACCCAGUGACUUCUUAAAGCAAAUUAUAGGACGGCCAGUUGUGGUAAAAUUAAAUUCUGGAGUGGAUUAUCGAGGGGUCCUGGCUUGCCUGGAUGGCUACAUGAAUAUAGCCCUGGAGCAGACGGAAGAAUAUGUAAAUGGACAACUGAAGAAUAAGUAUGGGGAUGCAUUUAUCCGAGGAAAUAACGUGCUGUACAUAAGUACACAGAAGAGAAGGAUGUGAAGACACCAGAGAAGCAAUACUUUUCAUACUUGGAUUUAUUUUUUAUCAAAUGUGUUUUUAAAAGUAUUUUUUGGCUCUUUUGUUAUCUAACUUGUUCUGUUUUCAUAAUAGUGAUUUUUUCACUGAUGUGGGGGUAAGAUAAAUGUAUACAGUUGUUGGAUUUAAUUGUAAAGAGUUCUUUCAUGUUUAAGUUUCAGUGAUUUUCUUUGACCUCUAUGCCAGUGUAAAGAAGGCAAAAAGAAUUAAAAAAAGAUAGAAACUC